AUGGGGACGAGACAGGUAUACGAAGAGAAGCUGAGGCGUGGGAAUCUUGAUUAUGAUCCGACUAUGAAUCCUGGUCUUGGUUCCGCUCGGUGUCCGCGUUGCCUUUCUCUCUUAAGCCCUAAUUCAGAGAAAGGAGAGUGGAUGAUUACUUCAGUUUUACACGAUGCUGCUGUUGUGGCUGGUUCUGGAAUUGGUGGCUUGCUUAGUGCCGUCCAUGCUUUCAAUACAGGGAUCCCCUAUCUUCAAAAUCGCUUUCCAGGGUCAAAGCGGCUCUCAUUUCUUGUAGGAGUUCCAUUGCUGCUAGGAUACUCAGGUGUAGGGGCUGUCUUUGGAGGUUAUGCUCUUCCGAAGUUUGCUCAGCUGACAGUUACGUCGUAUUACGCAUCUUCAAGUGCUUCACAUUAUGGGAUCUCUAUGCUCACCCGCCGUAUAGAAGAAGCUCAUCUCUCUCGAACUCAGAAAGAAGAGGCAAAAUGA